AUGGUUUCAUUGUUUUCGAAGACUGUUGCAGUCGCCGCUUUAAUUGGAGGUUCCGUGGCUAAGGAUGUUGCCUGUGCCGUUGGAGGUGUUCAACAGUCCAUUGUUGACUUGGACACUGGGUCCUGUAGCUUUAACAUUCCUGCCUCCCAGCCUGCUAUCUGGGAAUACUCGUCUCCAGAGGACUAUACUGCUGAGUUUUACUUCGCCGUAGUUGACACGGUAAGAUACUUCACCGACAUCACUGGUGCUGGCCGCAGCAUCGUGAUUCCUGCCAGAUUCUUAUAUGGCCUUGGAGACUUCCCGCUCUUCCAGAUCUUCUCGCAGCAAAACUCUCCCUCAAACAGUACCGGAGCUUUGCGCAAGAGAUUCGCAGCCAUUCCUACUCUUGACCAAAGAGAUGAGGAAAGCGACUUGGUUGCGCACUUGAAGACUCUCGAGGGAACCGAAAUUCCAAGCUUGGCUUUCGCUGUUGUGGACCCUGCUGUAGCUUCAAGCAGCGGCACUGAAGCUACCACCACUUCUGGAGCCACUUCUACUGAGACCAACACUUCCACUGACAUUGUCACCAUCACCUCGUGCUCCGACAACGUAUGCCACGAGACCACCGUUCCUGCUCCUACUGUUACCGUGGAGUCCACCACCAUCGUCACCAUCACCUCGUGUAGCGAGAACAAAUGUUCCAAGACCGCAGUUCCUGCUACUUUGGGUGAAACCACCGCUACUGUUGGCGGAGAAGUCACUUCUUACACCACCUGGUGCCCAGUUUCCGAGAGUGAAAAGACUAAAUGGGUCACUGUCACUUCAUGCCACGAAGACAAGUGCCACUCCACCGUUGCCCCUGCCACUCACGGAUGGACCACCACCGAAAUUGAGGGCACCGUCACCUCGUAUGUCACCUGGUGUCCAGUCACCGAGACUGCUCCAACAGGCACAGCCACCAAAGCUGCCACUACCGGAACAGUCACUAAGGCUACCCAGGCUGCUUCUACCGGCAAAGUUACCGUUGUUCUGACCGCACCUGGUGGAGAGGUCGUCACCAUUGUCACCAAGGCCCCAACUGUAGCCGGUCAAUCUACCGGUGUUGCCACCAAGGCACCAACCGUUGCUGGCCAGUCCACCUCCGCUGCCACCACCGCAGCUUCCGUUUCCACGUUCGAGGCUUCUGGAAGCUUCAUCGGAGCCUCGUUGCUUUCCGUGUUGUUGAUGCCCUUGUUGGCUUUGAUUUAG